AUGAUUGUUGGUAGUGACAAUGAGUACCUUUGUUCGCUUAUUAAAAACCAGAGCACCCACCACUCAACUGCGCCGGAAAACCUUGAAACUGCCACUCUCACAGGCAACAAACGCUCCAGUUCUGCUCAGUCUAAGAGUGAAAAGGGAGGGAGAAAGAAGAAGAUAAGGAAGAUAAAGAAAUGUGCUGGAGAGCCACCGAGUGGGUGCGUUCAUGUGAGAGCAAGGAGAGGCCAAGCAACCGACAGGCAUAGUCUAGCAGAGAGGAUAACCAGAAGGGCUCUUGUUUUGGACGAAAUUAUCAACUAUGUUAUCUCCCUCCAACAUCAAGCAGAGUUUCUGUCGAUGAGGCUUGCUUCUUUGAAUCCCAUGUUUCAAGAUUUUGGAGUUGAGCACGAAGCCUUGAUGGCCAAACCAUUCCCAUCACUGCAACAAUGCAGCCCUGCUCGGGCUAUUCCUUUUGCUGAUACAUCCGCCGCCGCCGCUUCUGAUAAUAACAUUGCCCUUGUGGAUACUUCAGCUGCAUUUAUAAUUGACCAAGAUUAUGGUGGUUUAUUGUGGGAUGGGGAAGACCUAAGACAACCAUUUCUAAAUCCAUUCUAUUGGUAA